AUGAUCCAAACCGGAACUCUUUGCAUCCUAGGCUGUGGAAACCUAGGCAUCGCCAUCCUAAACGGCCUGGUCAAUGCACCCCCAGAAAAGUCUAAAAAAUUACCGUUCACCCGAUACAUCGCAUGCGUGCGCAGUGAAAACUCAGCAAAAAGACUAUCCGAGCGAUUUACCAACUCCCUAGACAAAAUCAACAUUUCACGCGGCAACAACGUCCAAGCCGUCCAAAAUGCCGACGUCAUUAUUCUAGGCGCAGACCCUGCUGACAUCGAGACCGUCUUGACACACCCCGGACUUCGCGAAGCCGUAGCCGACAAGCUCAUCAUCAGCAUUGCCGCCGGCUGGACAAGAGAAAAGCUCGAAACCACACUAUACGGCAGCGCAACCACCACCGAUAACACAGCUGGCCGAGCUUGGGUGGUGCGCACAUUGCCGAACAUCGCAGCCCAGGUAUCGCAGUCACUUACGGCUAUUGAAACAUCGGAGCCUGCAUUGCCGGAACGGUAUCUCCAAAUAACGACGUCGAUCUUCGAACAGAUUGGUAAGGCCGUACACGUUGAUCCGAGGUUGAUGAAUGCUACUACUGCUGUGGGGGGUUCCACGCCCGCUUUCUUCGCUGUGAUUUGUGAUGCUAUGAUUGAUGCUGCGGUGGCGGUUGGUCUUCCGCGGGACCUGGCUCAUACCAUGAUCUUUCAGUCAAUGCAAGGGACGGCAACGAUGCUUCAGAGUGGUAUUCACCCCGCUCUGUUGAAAGAUCAAGGGACGUCUCCUGAGGGCUGCACGAUUGGUGGGUUGAUGGUGAUGGAAGAGGCUGGUGUGCGUGGACAUGUUGGACGGGCGCUACGGGAAGCUGUUACUUUGGCUCGGCUGAUGGAGACAACGCCCCAUGUUAAUGAUACAAGGCAUUGA